AUGGAUGAGCCAAACAAACGGUUUGUAGAGGAGGAGGAGAUGAUAAAUGAAGAGGAUGAAGAACCAUAUUACCAUGAUACACAGUUCGACUAUGGUGGUUUGGAGGAGAAAGUUGCGCCUACACCUACGCAUGGUGAGCCGUCACAAGACAUGGGUGAACAUGACACAAAAAUAGUGACUCCUAUUGGUAGGCCGCAACGAAAGAGGGCUGUUGCAUGCAAAAUUGAAGAAAAUCAGCAAGACAAGGAAGGAAUCUCCCAAUCACACGGUUCUGGAAGGGGGUAA